AAUGAAAAAUAACCUAAAGAAGAAAAAUAACCUAAAGAAGAAAAAUAACUUAAAGAAGAAAAAUAAGAUAAAAAAUAACCUAAAAAUGAAAAAUAAGAAUAACAAAAAUCUAAAGAAGAAAAGCAUAAAUAAGAAAAAUAAAAAGAUUAGAAAUCUUAAAAAUAAAAAUAAAAAAAACCCAAAAAAGAUCUUUGAUAAUUUUUUAUUCAAUAGUUAAAAUAAAAAAAAAAAAAUUAAAAAAAUAUUAAUAAUUAUAUUAUAAAUUUAAAUAAAUAUAUAUAUUUAUUCUAUGAUUGUUUUAUAACGAAAUUUAAUUAAUUUUUUUUUUUUUUAAUAAUAAACCAAAUUUAUUAUAAUAUACUUUUUUUUAACUCUAGCUAGCUUUUAAUUUUUUUUUUUUCUAACUUAGAUAUUUUCAUUUGUGUUUAAAAAAAAAAUUAGGUCUUUUUUUCAAUCAAUUAAAGCUUUUUAUAUAAUUUUCUGA